AUGGCUACAGGGAAUAAUGACGUCAAGACUGCUGAGUUAUGCCUUGAGAAAGGCGCUGAUGUCGACUGUCUUAAGUGUGGCUCGGUCACCGCCCUUCACAUGGCGGCAACGAAGGAAAAUCUUGAGGUAGCAGGCUUGCUUAUUUCAAGAGGUGCUGAUGUAAACAAGAAAGACGGGGACUCCAAAACACCUCUGCACAGGUUAAUUUAAUUUGCAUUUAAUAAUGCUUGUUCAGACUAAGCAAUACUGAGUACUUUAAGUGUUGAAUGGACGUUCCAUAGAAUUUUGCCCACAGUCUAGAAAAAUGCUAGACUAAAACAUAUUGGUAACGUUGUUGGUGACUUAAAUGUUUGUCAUGUAGUCGCAUGUGGAACAAAACGAACAAACGCAAAUUUCACCUCUAGGUCUCAAGAAAAUGAUUAUUUAAUCACUUAAGAACAUUCUUGUUUCCAGAUGCAUGUCGGUUCGCUCGUCAAUGUUCCUAGUUUUGCGGGACCUUAAAAGUAUCUCCAUGUUGUCUUCUUAAUUACCACUCUGGAAGUGAAAAAGAAGAAAAACAGCGUUUCUCAAAUUUUAAGCUACUGAAUCACUUACCUAACCGUUGCUUGUCGUUCCCAUGUAGGGCCGCUAUGUUUAACCAGUUAAACGUAAUUGAAUUUCUUGUGCAAAAGGAGGCAAAAAUUAAUGCUCGUGACAGUGAAGGACGUUCUCCGUUCUUGAAUGCUGUUGCUGCUGGGUACGUGGACUGCGCCCGAGUUCUUCUCAAACCUGGAGCUGAUUUGAGCGCAGCGGACUUGCAUAUGAAAAACUGUCUUCAUAUUGCGGUAGAGAACGAGCUCUUAGAGAUGCUAUCAAUGCUUUUGGAAAGUCGUGCGGGGGUACGCUGUUUAAACAGAAGAGAUUUGAAGGAUAGAGUCCCUCUGCAUUACGCGGCGAAGACGAGAGACAUCAAGGUAACUUUGUAACGGAACUGUUAGAAAGUAAUUCAACAGCACUUUUUAUCAAAGGCAGAAAACUUGACAUGACGGCACCUUCACAUAGAAGUGACUAUAAUAAAGUCGAGCCUCUAUAAAGGGGCAUCUAUUUCCUCUCCAUUUACCUUAGUCCGGGCGGAGAAAAGUUUAAGUAAAUCACUUUAAACAGUAUCCCUAUAAAGCAGCCUCCUGUUCUUUUUUCGAGGUUAACCGCUUAAUAGAGAUAUCUCAAAUAGAGGUUCGCCGUACUUUGUUAAAGGCAGAACGCGAUAUUCGUUCAAAAGAAUUCUUUUCCCGGCUCACUGGUUAGUUAAGUCACAGCUAUCUCCCAAAUGUACACCUUCUCGACAUCAGGGUAGGUAGUCAUUUGCAACUGGUGGUGGCUGACGGGAAUGCCAUGUAUGUGAUAGGGAGCCUACAUCAAUUAUUUUCUAAGACGGACAUUGUUAGGAAUGAAUAACGGCAUGGAUCAUCUUUACAGCUUCAAGGUGUCCACUGAGGAAGAGUUAAUGUAUUUUAAAACAGUCAAACUUACUCUCUUUCAAGUGGCCUCCCUUGAAGAAGGAACAAGUGUCCUCUUUAUUAGGUGUUUUGUGUUAAGUGAUGUACUGACAAGUUUGUCCGCCGAUACUCUCGGAACUUACCGAUAGAUGGCAGCUUGACCCUUUAAGCCCUAGUAUCAACAUGCGUAAUCUCUGCACUUCUUUUUAUACAUUCUUAUGGUACUGCUCGAGAAAAUUUGUUCAAACAUCAAGAUAUUUUAUCUGUUGUGAUUAUUUCGUUCAUUCUCGUGACCUGUAGUGUUGUUGUUGGGAGAAAUUGGAAGCUGGUCACUAUUGGAGCUUGAAGAAUUAAUGAGAGGCCUUUUAAUAGAGAUUCGGCUGUAGUGUAGAGAUCAAUAAAUGACACUGACCCUGUUGUUUGUAGAUUUUAGAGCUCGUCUUAUCCAAGCAGAAGAACGUGCGCUUCAACGAUGAGAGUAACAAGACACCACUUCACCUUGCAGCAGAAAAGGCCUCACCCAAACACGUUGAAGCUCUAGCAAAGCGCAUGUCUGAAAUAAAUGCGCGAGACGAUCUUGGCCGAACACCAUUGCACAGGGCUGCAAGGAAAGGGCAGAGGCAAGAGAUAUAUUCUAGAAUAUUCUGUUUCUUUUCUUCACAGGUAUCGCUGUUUUUCCAUUAUUGGUGAAAGCGAUCUUUGCUACUUCUUGGCAAAAGCCACCGAUUUGUAACAGACCUACAAUCCAUCUUUCCUGACCCCACAAUCGGCUGUGUAAGACAAAACUACUUCAACUAAACACUCACAAAGCGCUUUUAUGCUUGUACACAAUAUUCGUAUGACACGAGCGCACGACAUACCAGAAAUUUGUCUGUCAACAUGCAACUUCAGGAAAUCAUACAAUUAACCACGUUCGCGGCACUGAUAAAACUAUCCACAACCAACCAAGCACAAUGUUUCCACACUAAAUACGGGCGAAAUAUCAUCAAACUACUCUCUCUCGAUAACUCUCGCUUUCUCCACAUGAAUCAUUACAUUUAAAAGGUGUUUCGAUACAGUUUUUCAGAAGCCAUACCGAUAUUUUUCAAUCGCCUUUAAAAGUGUUUUUUUCCUUGUCUGAUCGCUAUAAAAUUUUCACCAGUAAUUGGCUAUGGAUCGAAAUUUGUGGAAAUGUAGUUUUAAGUUAAAAUCGAUAUUACUAUGACAACAAUAAACAAAAAAGUUUGAAAUUGAUUAAAGCCGAAUUUUGUGUGAUCUAGACCAGCUACUGAAAAUCCAACACUAGGAACUUAAAGUUUGGUGUUUAGCAAACAAUCUUCGAAAGAAGUAAAAUUCGACUAAAACGAAAAUAUAUUUCAAACCUUAAAUUUUCAAUAGCCGUGAUAGACUUUUUUAAAAAAAAACGUUAUAAAUGACUCAAAUUAUUCUUAAGUGGCGUCAGAAUGCUGUUUAAUAUCAUAUUUUGAUGCUAGGAAUUUUGGCGUAUUUUCGUUCGCGCGAUCUUAAAAACUAACCCGUUUUCUCACCAACUGUCUAAGUGUAGCUUCAUUCAAAAUUUGGACUUUUAGCGCUUUUUUGUAUAUCUCUAAAACGACUUGAACGAAUUUUUUUUAAAUCUCUUCACAUAAUCUCCAUAAUGUAUAUAAUAAUGUCUGAAACUUUCAUUAAGAUUGAUUCACUAUAACACCUUGAAAUUUCAAGACAAAACUAUCCUACGAACCGGUCAAAAAUCUGCGCUACAGCAGUCACUGUUUUGACGUUAUGAUAAUUUUUCCAAAUUUAUGCGGACAAUACAUAUAUCCAUGACUAAUACAUUUCAGGGUGAGUAUUGUCAAUGUUUUACAUUCAAAAGAUGCGAUAAAUUCAAACUAAAAUGUACUAGUCAUGGAGAUAUGUAUAGCGCACAUUAUUUUGGAAAAAUUAGCUGAACGUCAAAACAGUGAAUGUUGUAACGCAGAUUUUUGACCGGUUCGUAGGAUACGUUUGUCUUGAAAUUUCAUGGUGUUGCAGUGAAUCGAUCUUAAUGAAAGUUUCAGACAUUUUUAUAUACAUUAUGAAGAUUACGAAUUCAAACAUACAGAAUUUUUGCUAAACACGAAACUUUAGGUUCCUAGAGUUGAAUUUUCAGCAGCAGGUCUAGAUCGCGCAAAAUUAGGCAUUUAUCAAGUUCAAAGUUUUUUGUUUAUUGUUGUCAUAGUAAUAUCGAUUCUACUAAAACCUACAUUUUGACAAAUUUCAAUCUAUAGUCAAUCGUUGGUGAAAGUGUUAUAGCGAUUAGACAAGGAUAAAAACACUUUUAAAGGCGAUUGAAAAAUAUCGUAUGGCCUCUGAAAAACUAUAUCGAAACACUGCCGACACAGGCGAUUUAUUCAAGAUCCCGGAUGUAGAACAGCCGUUUUGAAAGGGAUACAUAGAGGCCGGCCUUCAAAACAAUUUUUAACUACGUCUCUGGCAUGGUCAGAAAUCACCUUCAAUUUUGCUCGCGCCGAAUAGAUUUGACUCCUACAAACUACUUUUUGAGGCCAGAGACUCGUCACCGCCAAAUCAAAGCUCGCAAUAUGCUGCCUUUCCGUCUCAAGCCCGAGAUCGUUGUUUCACCCGUUUAGCCAAAAUGAGACGAAAUGUGGUAACGUGUUGGACGACGGUAGACUUUGCCAAUCGUGAGAGUUGUUUCUUCAUAAGGCUUAAUGAUGCUUUCCGGAAAACUUUGUUGCAGGCGGCCCAAAAAGAAAUCUAGAAAAUUAACCGACGACAGAAAACACUUUCUACCGCAAGCGCUGAUUGCAAAUGUCAGAGUGUUUUAUGACAAGUAGAGAAUUAUGGGAAAUGGUAGGUAGGGGAGAGGUGGGGGAGGGGUAGGGAAGAGGUAAAAGGCAUAUUUGACUCAUGUUUUUUGAUCUACUGCAGCUUGUUAGGGGAUUUUUGUAGUGAAAAUAUCAUUUUAAAAAAAAUGUCAAGUACUGAAGAAGCCUCAAAUGAGAAUGUUGCUAAAAAGUCCUGAAGGUACCUUUUUACAAUUCCAGACAAAUAAAAUCGACUGCGACUGCCGAAUAGGCAAGUGUUAUGUUUUGACUGCCCCCUGAAAUACCACGUAACAUUGCUUUUAUUCCAUCAAUCCUAAAGCGCUUGAAAAGAUGGCGGGUAUCGGGAAUAAGGUCUAUUCCGUGAGUCGAUUGCAGUUCCAUCCGUUACUUAAUUUUAUUUACCAUUUGCAUAUCCCCCAUUAUACACUUUGCUUACCCCCCGCCAAAAAAAAAAUGCAUGAACGUAUUGCGGUCGUCCCAAUUGAAGACAAUGCUUAUUCAAUAUGCAUUUUUUAAGCGGUGGGGGGGAGGGGACAAGGUGUGUUAUGGGAGAUUGCAAAUGGCGAAUAAGAGAAUCCAAUGCAUUUUUAACAGUGAAGGUAAGUAUCGCAUAUUGUUUUAACAAGCUACCUGCAUUGCUUUCCUUUGCAAUAGGA